CAUGUCUUUUGUAUUAAAGAAUUAAAUGGAUGAAAUAUGAAGUUUUAUUAAAAGAAAAAGGGGUGAAAAGAACAAAGUUUUGUCCAUCUUUGUUCAUCAUAGCUGAAAGUUAGAGAAGAGAAAGGAGAGGAGAAAGCUCUUGAGUAUUCGGUCAUUAGGAGGAGGAAAAUUGAAGGCUGUUCGUGUGUGGAUCUCGUCAGCAUAUCGUCGCAAACUGUGUGUAACUAACACCCUCUUUCUUAGUCUAGAUCGGCAAAAGCCGAAAAGCCGAAAUGCAAAAAAUCGGUAUUUUAUAGAUUUUCGAGUGUGCGAAUGCUCGUGAGGUAAAUCGAUUAAUGUUUUUGGUAAGUUGCAAAAUUUGGACUGCAAAGUGUAUGAUUUCUGUGCCCUCGAUAUUUUUGGGCUUAAUGGGCCAAAAUUUGAAAUGAUGGGCCAACGGGCCCAAUUCGGUAAGAACCCUCGGUACGUGAUUCUGUAGUACGUGAAAGGUAGGAAUAUGCAUGAAAAACUCUAAAAUAGAUAAUUACUGAAAUACCUUUAAAAGUGGAAAAUUUACAGUUUUACCCCUAGGAGAUAAAUUACCAAAUACCCCUAGGGUUAAAUUGACUUAAAUGCAUGUUUGAUUGUUGUUAUUUAUGCAUGCCAUGUUGUUAUCAUCUGAUGCAUGAGAUUGGGAUAUUGACGAGGAAGUCUCGAAAGUGGCUUGUCCACGUCUUGGAGGCUUUGCCUCAAUUCUUCGAUAAUCGAGCAGUUAAGGUCAAGAAUGUGGAGUGUUAAAUGGGUGGGUUGAGCUAUUCCCACAUGGAGUGUAUGGCUGGUACGGGUGGAGUGUAGUGGUUGGUGGGUUGAGUAGUCUUCCCAAAUGGGCUUGCAUAUGUUUCUUGAUGUUGCAUGUAUUUUGAAAUGGGCCUAUGGGCCAUCAUGUUAUCUGAAUAAGGGCUAAGGCCCGGUUUAUUGUGAUCUGAAAAGGGCUCGCCCAGCAUCUUUAUUACUGAAUGGGCUUAGGCCAAUAGGCUUGAGUGACUUGGGCUUUGAAUGGGUUUUCCUUACACACCGAGUUUCCCCAAACUCACCCUUUUAUUUUCAUCCAUGCAGAAAUCCCCAACCAUAGUGGGCUUGAGUCGUGAGGAAUUUGAGUGGCCACCCGCUCGAAAGUUUGAUUUUCUUCCGUGAACUGGACAUCCUUUUAUUUACGUUUGAAGUUUUGGGCUUUUAAAUGUAAUAAGGCCACUUAAUUAUUUUGAUGGUUUUAAUAUGUAUUACUAAGAUAGGUAAUACUUAUUUUAACUGUUGAAAUUGGAUAGCUUUAGGGCGCGUUUUCAAAAACAACAAUUGAUUGCAAAAUAACACGACAACAAGCAAAGCUUCCGCAAUAAAAGUAUUUUCCAAAAUUAAUCACUUUUCCUAAAAAUGACUUAAUCAAAUCGGUUUUCCUAGAAAUAUCCAUGACGUUAAGGUGUGGCAAUGGUAGUAUGCAUGUCUAGGAUUGGAUCUGAAGGGAGCUUGGUACUUAAGCAGUCCGAUGGACUCACCACCUCUUUUUCGGUUUCCUACCUGGUGCACAGCUUCCAUUCACUUUAACCCUUAAUGAAUUAAUCUUUUGAACAUCAAGUACGAUUUUCUGGACUUAGAAUGGAAUUUUUUUUAACGUUUUUGAUGUGGCAUGCCGGAUCCGGCCUUAACGUCUGGGUCGGGUUUGGGGUGCUACAGAUAUUGCCAACAAGGUAAGAGUUCUUAGGGCUGAUCUCUCUGAUUCUAGACUGGUGCAAAAGAUACUUGUCUCCGUGCCUGAGAAAUAUGAAGCAACUAUUGCCUCUUUUGAGAACACAAAUGACUUGACUCAAUUGAGAGUAGUGGAGUUGAUUAAUGCUUUACAAGCACAAGAGCAGAGGAGGCUAAUGAGGUAGGAAGGAAGCAUAGAAAGAAGCAUAGAUAGAGCAUUAAAGGCUAAGAUGCAACAAGGCGAAAAAGGAGAGGAACAGAAGUGGAAUGGGAAGAAUAGUGAUUGUAAUAGCGGUUCAGAAACUGUUGCAAAAGGUAAUAGUACUGAAAGUUAUAAUAAGUAUUUGUCAUGUAAGUAUUGUGGAAAACAGAAUCAUCCCAUUUCAGGUGUUGGAAAAGGCCAGAUGUGAAAUGCAGAAGGUGUAACUUGAUGGGGCACAUUGAGAGGUUCUGCAAGGAACCGAGAAAUCAGCAGCAGGGUAGAGCACAUGCUGUAGUUAAAGAAGAAGAGGACCAUUUGUUUGUCGUCUCUUACUUCUCAUCAAGCAUUUUAUGUGACAGUUGGUUAGUUGAUAGUAGUUGUACCAACCAUAUGACUUAUGGUAGGAAGCUGUUUAAAGAUCUUGACAGGUUAUUUAAAUCGAAAGUAAGGAUAGGAAAUGGAGAAUACCUAGAAGUGAAGGGAAGAUGCACAGUAGCAAUAGAAAGUUGUGCUGGAACUAAGUUGAUUUCAGAUGUUCUGUUUGUACCUGAGAUUGAUCAAAACUUGUUGAGUGUAGGGCAAUUGGUAGAGAAGAGAUUCAAGGUUAUGUUCAAAGAGGGAAUGUGUUUGAUCCUUGACUCUAGUGGCAAUGAAUUGUUUAGGAUCAAGAUGCAGAAGAAGAGGUUCUCAUUGAAUCCAUUUGAGGAGGAGCAAGUGGCAUCCAAGUGUCAAGAAGAUAAUCCUAUCGUGCAAGAACAACUGCAAAUCAAGUGUUUUGAGAAUGGGGAGUUGCAUGCAAAGGUAACUCUCUUGCAGUAGCAAGUGACAUCUCUCUCUGAUAAACUAUCAUCUUUUGCACAUGAAAUAUCUGAAGAACAUGCUGAGAAGCCACGGAAAAAGAAUCUAUCUCAGGAGAUCAAGAGUAAUGUGCAACUUUUAGAAGAGAAUAGUGGGUUAUGUUUCCAAAAUCAAAAGCCAACUGAAGAAGCUUCAUAUGCGAAAGAAUUGAAUAUGUAGAUGUUGUUGAGUUUAAGAAUUUAGUUUGUAAGGUGAUUAAGCUUUCAAUGCAAAAUACAAAAUUGAAAAAGGAAUUAUUAUUUACGAGAAGAUUGGUUAAUCAAACUAUAAAUCGUAUUAAUAGCAAGUAUAGUGACAACACAAGAUCUUGGAAGAAGGGAAAGCACUCUGGCCACUCUCGUGACUUUUCUAGAGCAACUUGUGAUGAUUUUGAAUUAUGGAAUUUUGAUUUAGAUGGCAUUGCAUGCUAGGAAACAAUUAAAGCAACUUUUGAAGCUACACUAGUCGAGAAGGAAUUUAUAGAAGGCGAAUAUUAAAGAAACUGGUUUUCAGAGAUCAGAUGACUGAUAUUUUACUACAUUUUUAAUGUUAGUCGUUUUGAGUUUCUUAAGAAUAAAUUUGGUGUCUGCAGCACUUGAGUUAGGAGGAGAAUGUUAGUAUCUCAAGGCUGCAGCUAUUUUUAAAAUAAUAAGACUAAGUCUUAGGGGGAUUUGUUAACUUGUUAGUAGGAGGAGGAGUUGUUAGCUUGUUAGUAGCAAUUUGAAUUUAUUUCUUGUUGAGGAUGUUACUUGAAACUUGUAUAUAAGGGCUGCUUUGUUAAUCAAUUAAAUCAUCCCUUCAUUUCA